AUCAUGUUUCAAAACACGCGCUAGGAAUUAUUUGUAUUUUGUUUUGUUGAUGAAUUUUGAAUUUGAUAAUUUGAAAAAAAAGUGGAAGUUGUAAGUUUAAAUAAGAAAACUAUGGAAAGUAUAAACGAGGAGUAUAUCAAAAAUAUAUUAGAAUGUGUUGCAAUUGACUCCAAAAUAGAAAACUGGAAAUAUGAAAAAGAAACUUUCGUAAACGUUGCGCAAAAUUAUUUUGGACUUAUUAUUCCUAUUUCUUUAGUCGGUCGCAAUCAAAAGGGAGAAGUAGUUUUGAAUCUUGUUUUAAAAUUAGCUCCAACAGAUGAGAGAUAUCGUGUAAGCGGUGCUGUUACGAUAUUUUUUGCGAAGGAAAUUUUUGUAUAUUCCUCUGUCCUACCAAAGUACCAGGAUAUUCAGAAUAACAUAACUGGUUUAUUAGGAUUCGUCGUGCCAAAAUGUUAUUAUAUAAAUAACGAUUAUUGUAAGGAAGCUAUUGUUAUGCAAAAUAUGUGUGCGGAAGGUUAUCACCCAUUCACUAAAGAUGUAUUUUUGGAUAUAGAACACUUGCUUUUAUCAGUGAAAUGUUUGGCACAGUUUCAUGCUCUUUCGUUUAUUCUAAGGGAGCGAGAAGCAGCUUUGUAUGUAACGGCAAAAAGUACAUGUGUCCCAUUGAAUAGGGAAAAUAAUAAGCGAUUUAUGGAUAUAUUGAAGGAUAGGUUGAAUAAAGGUUUUAUUAAGUUUUCUAAUACUCAAUAUGCGGCAUUAUUUAAAAUAUUAGAAACAGAGUGUGAAAAUUUUGCUGAAGCUAUGUAUAACUCUGUAAAUGAAACAUGCUUAUGCCAUGGAGAUAUAUGGAAAGAAAAUUUACUUUUCAAAUAUAUGGAUGGCCGCCCAAUCUCUGUUUGUAUGAUAGACUAUCAAACAACAAGAAUGUCAAGUCCAGCGUUUGAUGUCCUCUAUCUAAUAAUAACAGGUUCUACAUCACAAUUUCGGAGUCAGCAUUUCAAACAACUAUUGGAUACAUAUUUCCAAACUUUAGAAGAAAUUCUGCUUGAAGCAAAUGUGCCAAAUGGAUAUUCUAGGCAAUUGUUUGAAGAAGACUUGAAAACAGUUGGACCAGCAUGUUUUUGUAUAGCUAAUACUGCAAUAUGGUUAUCUAGUGGUUUACAGCAGGAAGGACAUGUAAGAAGUAAAAUUGUAUUGGAAACGGAACAAGACAAAGAAACGGCUGUGAAAGUAUAUAAAAAUAGAGUUAAGGAUAUUAUUGAUGAUCUGAAUACAUAUGGCUUUUUAAAUGUGCCAAUGCUUUGAUAUAUUUUUGAGGAUCCUUUUUGUAAAUAAGAUAAUGAUUUAUUUAAUAUGGGAUAUUUUUAUUUUUUAUAAGCGGUAUUGUUGAAAAUUAUGAAGUAGUUACAUUGUUUGUUAUUGUUUUGUUAAUUCAUGAUAUUAAAAAAAAAA